UUAUGAAAAUGGCCUUACUGGAAAGGAAUUUCCAAGAUGCUGUUGGAGAAAUGGAUGGUGAAAGACUGUAUCACUUAUGGAAAUUUAAAAUACUUCAUUUUAAGGAGGCUGGCAGAACAAAGUAUGGCUUAGAAGCAUUUUAUUUUGUAGCAGAUCAGCUUUCACUGCUUAGCCCACACGAGGCUCAUUGCCAACUGUGGAACAGAGGCUUCAACCUUCGAGGUGGUGCUGGUAACAACGUUCUGUUAGACUUGAUGGUUGAACACAACAAUAACACCAUCAAAGAAUUGAUCUUCAACCAGGGUGCCAACGUAUCCUUUGAAUCUGCACAGCUGGUAAGCCAGGCCUCACAAGGCAUAGAAGCUGUGCUGGAUAAUCUGGAUAUUUCACUUGAAGUUGGCAAAGAAUCUAGCAAACAUGCCAGGGUGGACAAACAGAAGGAUGUUUUUAGAAUAGCUCAGGAGGUUCUACACCAAAAGAUGGUGUGUAUUGUCCUGGACGUUCUUAUAAAUCAUUUAUGGGGAUGGAGCGUGAUCGUGAUGUCUUGCAUAAACUGAAGCCAUCAUCACUGCUCUCUUGGAGCAGAACUCAAAAGCGGAAGCUACAUAUGCAAGAGGUUUUUCACUCUCCAUCUGCUUUCUGAUAAAUGUAUGGUACAUAUUAUUUAAGUAUACUUAUUAUGUUUCGGUUGAUGUCAGUCUAGCUCGAUCUACUCAUUCAUUUACUUUUAGGAUUAAUUUCUAAAGUGAAUUGGAGGGCCUUGCAAUCACUAGUUGGCAUGCAGUGCUAUGAGUUUUGAGUUUACAUUGUUUCAUGGUCUUUCUAAUAUGAUCACUGCCACAUUUGAUCAUGUUGCCUUAGAGUUAUAUUUGCACAUAAUGUUUGGUAGUUGCUUCGUGU